AUGGCAGAGAAAAAAGGAAAGAAUAUUUGGUUAGAACUUCAACAGGAAGUUCUGGAACUUAUUUUACAGAAGUUAGUCCUUAAAGAUUACCUCAAUUGCGGACAAGUAUGUAGAUAUUGGCGAAAUGUUGUUGUUGAUGCUCUUGCAAUCAAGGGAAGAUGCCCUCCUGCACCUCAAUUUCCAUUUUUGUUAGUGCUCCCUUCUCCUGAUCGCACCAUUGCUGAACUUUCAACACUUCUGGAGCUCUCUCAAGACACCCUUUACACCAUCUCUACUGACUCUGGGGAGGGAAGCUUCGACGAUGUUGGGUCAGUGGAAGGAUGGUUGGUGUUUCGAAAAUCUAUACAUAAUUCAAGUGGCAGUCGAAGUUGUUGUUUACAUACGUUCUUUAAUCCGGUGUCCGGUGAAAAACAUAACCUUCCACCGUUGUUUCCACGUAUGAAGAUUGACAGCAGCGUUAGAACAGAAACAAAGUUCUAUUCCACACCAAGUUCUCCAAAGUUUGUUACAGUAAUUUCAUUUGUGGCUUGUAUUGGAAGUGAAUUGAAGCAGCGAUUAGAAUUUUGCAAAUUAAAUGACAAGUCGUGGACUAGCAUUAAUACACUUGAGUCUCGAUCGAUAAUUAUUCAUGAUUUUGUGAUUAUUGGUGGUUGCAAAAUAUAUGGUAUUGUUGAGGGUGUAUUUGAUUUUGUGAUUGUUUUUUAUCUUAGAGAUGCUACUGCUAUUACUUGUGAAAGGUUAGUUUUGUUAGAUCCAAAACCAGAUCCAAUGGUUUCACAUGAAGGGUUCAGGGUGAGGGAUGUGCUUCGUUUUAUUACUGACUGUUUUAGCAUGAUGGUAACAGACCCUACACGUGAAGAAGAGGUGUUGUUAGUUCUUCAUCUUCACGACAAAGUUUUCAACGGGGAACGAAAGUCCUUUGGUUCGACUAAAGGGUUUCGUGUCUUUAAGUUGGACAUUAGUGAGUGUAGAUGGAUGGAGAUAGAUAAUUUGGAUGGUCGUUUCUUAGUAUUGGAUUGCAAAGGUAUUCGAGUUAUGUCUACUACGGUCCUUGAUUGUCCAGAGAAUUUCACUGGAGGCAAUUGUGGCAAUUGUGUCUUUUUCUGUCUGACAAACAAUAACAGGCUUGAUCCUUACGUGAAGCGGGGUCUUGGAGUCUUCUCUUUAACGGAUAAGAGAAUUAGGAAUUUACCUCUCCAUCCUUUUUUAAAAGUAGUCUCGGGUACAUGUUCUUGGUUCACACCAAGUCUUUGGUAG